GAAGAAGAAGAAGAAGAAGAAGAAGAAGAAGAAGAACCGGAAGGUCAGGAUGGACGUGAGCAUCGCUGUGUCGCUGAUCCGGGGUCAGAUGGGUGCGGUGGUGGAGCGUGCAGUGAACGUCGCCGUGGAGACGGUGCUGGCGGAGAUGCUGAAGGUGGUGGGUGUGAAGUUCGAGGAGCUGAAGGCACAGGUGAAGACGCUGCGGCGCGAUGUGGCGCUGAAGGACAAGGAGAACGACAAGAUGAGAACCACAUUGCGAUUGGCCGAGGCCCGGCUCAGGCACUACCAGAGAGUGGUGGAUCUGCACCUGCAGCACCGAGGCCCUGCCCCCGCCGACAGGAGCCAGCAGAGGACGGCCUCUGAGGGAGCGCCGCCCCGCCCAGGACCAGAGCCGUGCUCUGCAGAGCGAGACGCUCACAGGAAGGAGGACGAGGACUAUGAUUGGACCGUCAGCCUGCAGCUCCACACAGAGGCCAUGCACCUGCCACUGGACCCACCCCCUGCCCCGGAGCCAGGUCAAGUGUCGGCCUCGCCCCCUCUGUCCCCAGAUAGGUCGACGCAGGCGGACAGCUCCACCCUGCUGUGUGGAGUUCAGGUGAAACAGGAACAGCGGCAGGAGGAGGAGGAGGUGAUCUGUAUCAAGGAGGAGCCAGGGGAGGAACAGGAGGUGAUGACUGCCCUGCUGCUAGACUGCUCCGCUCAGCAGAGCCAGCUGCUGGGGGAGGGUCAGAGUUCAGCGUCUGACUGGGUGGAGUUUCCUGUUCGAACCCUCCCGGACCAGAGCCCCGCCCCCAGCUACUCCAUGGCCCAGGUGGCCCCGCCCCCCCUGCCCCAGGCCCCGCCCCCUGGCGUGGCGUCCCGCCCAGCAGGCCGUCCCUGGACCAAGGAGCUGAGUCUGUACGAGGAGUACAAGCUGCGCCGGAACGAGCUGCGGCGGCGAAGCCUCAGCAGACGCAGAGAGAUGGAGAAGACGCUGCCGCAGCCGCUGCUCGCUGACCUGGUCCGAGAGCGCAGAGAGAAAACCAGACUGAGAGUCGCCAGGUGGAGAGCAAAGAGGAAACUGCAGGCGUGCCUCAGCCAGGCCCAGGCUCCAGGGGGCGCCGUGUUUCCUGUCAGCAGCCAGCAGCUCUCAGCUUCCUGCGGGUCAGUCUCUGGCGGGCAGCCGCGGCGCCCGGUGCUGCCGCAGUGCAGCGGCUUCCUCAUCAACAACAGCCUGCCUGCUGGCCUGCCCUUCAUCACCCCCUCUGCCUCCUCCUCCUCCUCCUCGCUGCUCCUGGGAGCUCACGGCGUGGCCGAACACGCCUCUCAGCACGCCGUGACAUCGUCGUCCUGCUCCUCCUACCCGCAGGUCAGCCUAUCACAACAGAGCUCGUCUCUGACGGACGCUGAUGUCUUCCAGUGAGUCUUCUCCUCAGUGCUUCGUUGUUCCCGUGGUGAUGCGUCAGGUCAGGUGUCUUACCUUAUGAUGCGUUCAGUUCCACCUCAGAAAUGUGUAACUCAGCUGACAGGUUGUAGUUUGCUGUUGUCCCAGCAGCAGUGAACACCUCAUGUCACGUUGUGUUCGCUGUCCGGUUGGGUGGAAGAGCCACUGAAAGCUAAAUAUCACUACAAACCCUGCAAAUCCCUUGACCUCUGACCUCCAGCUGUGUGAAUGAAAAUGGGUUCUCUGAACUGACUGGAAAGCUGAGACUCUUGUGGAUUCAAUGAGCCACAUUUGAUUCAUGUGUGAUGAUGUUGGCCCCCAUAGCAGCCAUUUCACUGCAGGCGGUCUCUGGACGACUCAGAGACGUCCAGUUUGCUCUGUGAUUUUUUUUUUCUGUUUCAGAAUUUAGUCGCCACACAGCGUUUCCAUUUUCCAUCUGCAUUGAGUGCCGCCAUUCAUUUGUGCAAUGUAACCUGGUCAGGUGAUUGACUCGUUAAGCCCCACCCACUCAUAGGAAAACAUUCAGCUGUCUGCUCCUAAUGUAAUUUCUUAACUCUCCUUUUUUUUGGAAAAAAAAAACACAAAAAAAACACCUUUUAGAAAACUGCACAUCUAAAUGCAGAAGCUUCUCCAGGAAGAUGAACGUUGUUUUAUGUUUGUCAGACUGUCCGGACGUCCUGCAGCUCAUGCUGAAGGUUCUGGAUGUUUGAUGUGUGAGCAGAUCUGAGAUCCAGCAGUUGGGUUCCAUAAAUAUGUUAGACUCCGCCCCCUUCCGAGAUGGCGCCCCUCAGCCUCGUAGAGCAGCGUCCCGUUGUAACGAGGCCGUCCGGUCCUUGUGGCUCAAAGCGUCUCUCCCUGGUAGGCUCCGCCCCUCAAGGCUAUAUGCACCACAAGGUGGCGCUGUGGUUAGGGUUAUCGAUCAGGUCAAGAGUAAAGAACGAUGUAAUCAAAGAAUUUUGUUGAUUGAUUUGUUGAUUGAACAGCACUCAUCACUGUCAGCGACCAAUCAGAAAAAGAAGGGGUGGGACAGAAAUGUGGGAGGAGCUUAGUCAUAGCAGUGUGUGUGUGUGUGUGUGUGUGUGUGUGUGUGUGUGUGUGUUUGUUUCUGAAACUGAACUGAUGUUUGAAUUUGAAGCCAGAUGUGUAAAAUCUGUUGAGUUCAUAUUCACUGUAAAUAAAUGUUUAAUAUUGUUGAAUGAGUCAAUGUGCUGAUGUCAGUUUCUGUUUGUUCUCAGAUCAAAUAAAGCCUCUGUCUCACCUGA